GCUGUUUCCUGUUCCACCACCAAACAACCUAUAACAACACAUGUGAACGACUAAUCUGACGUCUUCAGGCAAAAAUGCCACAAACGGUCAACUGUAACUUCUAAAUAUUUACUCAAAAUGGUUUGGAUCAGUAGGAUGUGUUGGCGGAAGUACGGUAACUUCGUGGACAACCUGCGUCUGUAUGUGAGAGGGGGCAGUGGGGGGAUGGGGCUGCCCCGUCUGGGGGGUCAGGGGGGGAAAGGGGGAGACGUGUGGGUGGUGGCUCAGAAGGAGAUGACUCUGAAGAGGGUCAAGGAUAAGUACCCCCAGAAACGCUUCAUCGCUGGAGUAGGAACCAACAGCAGUGUCCGUGCUCUGAGGGGGCAGAAAGGAGAGGACCAAGAAGUCUUGGCUCCUCCUGGCAUUACUGUCACCAAUGAUGAUGGAAUGGUCCUCGGUAAGCUGAACACUGAGGGAGAUCGUGUGCUGGUGGCCAGAGGGGGUCAAGGAGGCUCCUACCACUCAGAGUUUCUGCCUAGUAAGGGCCAGACCAGACAGAUACGACUGGACCUCAAACUCAUUGCUGACCUCGGCCUGGUGGGGUUCCCCAAUGCGGGAAAAUCCUCUCUACUGACCGCCCUGUCUCACGCCAAACCCCAGAUUGCCAGCUAUGCCUUCACCACUCUGAGACCAGAGAUUGGCAAGGUCAUGUAUGAAGACCAUAAACAGAUCUCAGUGGCAGACCUCCCAGGGCUGAUAGAGGGGGCCCACAUGAAUAGAGGCAUGGGCCACCAGUUCCUCAAACACGUGGAGAGGACCAGACAGCUGCUCUUUGUGGUGGACGUUUGUGGUUUCCAGCUGGCAAGCAAAACGCCCUUUAGGUCUGCUUUUGAGGCUGUUCAACUUUUAAUUAAAGAGUUGGAGCUGUAUAAGGAGGAUCUCCCGUGUAAGCCUGCUGUGUUGGUGGUCAAUAAGAUGGACCUGCCUGAUGCAGAGGACAAACUCGCAGAGCUUCAGGAGCAACUCCUAAACCCACACGAGUUCUCCCACCUGUUACCCGACGAUAUGCUUCCUAAGAACAACAUGGUCUUCAGACACGUGGUUCCUAUCUCAGCUGCCACCGGUUUUGGCAUCGCACACCUCAAGACCUGUAUCCGCCAAUCACUAGACAAGGAUGCCUCUAUGGCAACGGACUCCCUGCACCGUGAUAGGCUACAGGCGCUGAGAGGGGCGGUCCCAGCCAAGAACACACUCACAUGGGGCCCCACCGCCUCAGUUUGAGCUGAACUGUAGAACAUUCAGGGUUAGUAUGUUCUGCAGUUUUGAAAAAGGGUUUGAACUUGAUUCAUGUUCACUCAGCCUGGAACGUUUUCAAUAUUGUGGAAGUCAGGGUGGUGUUCCUACCUAUCAUACCCUAGGUAGGAUGACUCCUCGACAGUCUCAAGCAGGGUGCAGAGCCAGGAUGAAUAUCUAUGGAAAACACUAACGAUGAUGUCACCCACAGUCAUAACCCAGGCAAGGGUGUUGUCGUCCUGCCUUCCCCUUAUGACCACAAUAUGGUUGAGGAAGAGGGCUGACAAAAAGGGGAGGAAGUAUGUUUGUGUUUUUCUGCUGGAUGUUGUCUCUGACUGUUUGAUGUAAUAUGUUGCUUUUCCACCAUGUAGUAAUAAACAUGUUAAUUAAUGCUGCCUCCUUUAGCAAUAACCUUACCUUAAGGGAAACUAAACAUACACAGAAAAUAUCGAUGAAAGUUUUAUUUUAUAUUAAAUAUAUUACAAUACUGAAUGAUAUUGUAAGAAGAAAAAAAAAAUGGGCAUUGAUUUUUGCAUUGUCAGUCUAUGUACAGCAUACAGUAAAAGACAAGUGCUGUAAUUAUACAGUGGGGUCUUAAUGAUUGACACCCUCCAUAAAGAUGAGCAAUAAUGAUUGUAUGAAAUAAUUAAACUACUAAGCUAUAUUAUAUAUUUUUUUUUAAAGGGGGAAACGAUUGAUUUAUACUAAUACAGUUGCUCAGUAAAAGAUUGUUUAAUAAGUAAUACUUAUUUUUCUCAAAAGAAUGUCAAAUUUGACAUCCCUAAAGAUUCUUAGAAAUAAAGUCAGUCCAAAAUAUAUUUGGUCCCAUAUUCCUAGCACGCAAUGACACAUUUUUGUUGCAUCCAACAAGUUUUUAGAGUCAAAAGCUUGGUGUAGUCAUUGUGUGCUGUAGGAAUAUGGGACCGAAUAUGAAACUUUUGACUUCUUUAUAAGAACCCUUUGGCGUUUCAAUCAUUCUGACCCCUGACCUUUUUGAGCAAAAGUAUUUUUAUCAAAUAUCAUUUCCCCCAAUUUUGUUUUGUUACAUACAAUUUAGUUCAGUAUUUGAAUUAUCAUUAUUGCUCAUCUUUAUGCAGGGUGUCAAUCAUUUGGGACUGUAUAUAGAUUUUGUAGCGGUACAUAUGAGGGUUAAGGUCACAGUAGGAGCAUAUUGCAGCAGGAUGGGACUGCAUGGUGGAUUCAGAGGCCUGAUAUAACCUACAUCUCAGACUUCAUGGAGCGUUCAGAGGCCUGAUAUAACCUACAUCUCCACAGGCUACAGCUGGGUGCUUGGUGCUUGGUUGUAUUGAUACAUUCAAGAAUCUGUCCCUACUUUGUGAGCGUUUGGACGUUUCUCUGUGGGUCCGGUUGGGUUACGUCAGUCAAGCCACUAAUACAGAUAACACACAUCAGACAAGUUACAUCUUGUUACCUGGACAGGUUCCACCUGCCACCAUCCUAACGUCUAAUAUACCUCAAUCCUAUGACCUGCAGGUAAAUUAUCAUAGAUGUCAGAAUUAAGACAAUAUGAUAUUUAAAAUAUUGCUUGACAAGUAUGAUCCUUUAUUUUCAUAUUACCACGGCCUAGGGAAUCCCUUGGUCAAAUCUCAAGUUACUAAGCACCAGCCAAUCAUAUCGUAAUUAAAAUAAGACAAGAGUGAUGAGAGCUUUAGUCAACAUGCAUUCACCUGCACAGAUCUCUAUAGCAUAAUGAACCCCAUGUUGCCAUAGCUGCGUCCCAUCAUAACAUAGAAGACACGUACAGAUCUUCACAUGCCAGAGCGGUCCGAGAUGAGUGUGUGCUUUAAAAAACUAAAAUGUCCGCAUCAUAUCUCCGUUCCACUCAACGCACAGAAGAACAACAAUGCAGUUGGUCUGUCUGAAUAACGGCUGUACACAACACUGAGAAGUGAACAUAUAAAGGUACUUAAGAGUUUAAAAAAAUACUUGAGACUUGUCAAACAGUAGCAAUAUUAAUGUGAUAUUGUGGUGAUCUUAAUAUCUUUGCAGUCAUAAUGCAUACAGUAGAAAAUCAAAACGAUCAGUGCCCACAUUUUAAACUUAAGCAUACGGAGUUAACAUACAGCAGGCUUAACUGAUAUGGACAGUACAGUAACUACGGGAUGGGGGUUGUGACUUCUGUAUAAAUAAGUUUCCCUUUAGCCACAGAUCUAAGAUCAGCUUUCCACUCCCCGAUUUACAACAUUUACCAUCAGGGGGGUAAGAUACAAAACUGACCUUGGAUCAGUGACUAGGGACACUUUAUCCUACUCUGCGUAGGUAAGAACCUGAAUCUUAAGCCACAUUUAAAUCAUUAGAUUACUCGGGCCAUUCAUGAAAAUGUUUGAGACCUGGUUGAUUAUGUUGAAAACCUGUUCACUACUGAUAUGGGGUUUAUGGUAUGACAUUCCAAGAAGAUAACAGCAAUUGGCAAUCAAGGAAAAAGUAUUUCAAUGUCAUGCUUAUUUCGUAUUACAGCCUCACAGACAGAUUACCAGAGAACAGUGAUAGAGUGCUAGCUAGUAGAUCCAUUGUCAUUCUGUUGGUCUUAUAAAUCUCAAACAGCAAGCACUGUACAGGACACUUCAAUUUACAGACAGCAGGGCAAACUUACAGUAGGAAACGAAACAAAAGCAAAAAUGCACAUUUUAAUAAUUUUAUCCAAACAAAUUCCAAAUUCAUCUGACACAAUGUUCAGUUUCCACAUUGUUAUUCCCACUUCGUCCAGUUGGAUCUCAGUGGCGUUGUCGGUUCCAGUUGUAUCUAUCUGUUAUGUCUGGUCUCACACUGUACACCAGGGGCGGACUGGGACCAGAAAUCGGCUCUGGCAUUUUAAACACAACGGCCCAUUUCUUUCUUCGAGGCCCCCAUUAUUAGCAAUUAUCAUUUUGCACCCCAAAAAACAAGUAAGACAGGCCACAGUGUUAAAAAAUGGACCAGGCCAUCUUGCAUUUGCCCAAAAUGCCAGAUGGCCAGUCUGUCCCUGCUGUACACACAGACCGUAGUGUGGAAUGAUUAUAGUCACAGGACAUUUCUCCAACUUCUCUAAACCACCAUGGCCAAAUGAACAUGUAUAUCACAUCUAAAACUACAAAAAAACACUUGUUCUCUCCCCUCUGUAGCGAGGAAGGGCUCAUGGGACGAUGUUAGUUCAAAAUAUAUUCAUCAUUAUCAAUAUCCAAAUGGAUAAAAUGCUCAGUUAAUGUAAUAAAUCAAUGACAUUCUUAAGUUUACUGUGUUAAUUAUGACGGGCUGUGACUGAGUGCAUUACUCAGAGAAACGGAGGACACAAAGAGGAAAUAUAGAACACUGUUUGUACAUUCUGCUGUGGAAGAAAAAGAAAGCUGGAGUGUUCACACAGACACACGGGAGAGAAGAGAGAGAGUUCAGCCAGAAAUGAAAAGAGAGAAACCGGGGUCUCUACAAAGACCUACGGAGACCCUGUCUGUCUACAACACGAACCACAGCAGGAGGAGGAGAGGGGGAGCAUCCCUUCAUCAUUCGCCUCCCAGUAAGUAAAAAAGAAAAGCACACAUUACUCUGCCUUUAAGCUGUACAUAUUUACAACGAUAACCAAAUCCUUCAGGAAAACCUGACACGGCGAAAGAAAGAGAACGGAGUGGCUAGGGUCUAGGGUCUAGGGUCUAGGAUCUAGGAUCCAUGUCAGGGGCAGUUGGCUAGUAUAAUGUGUGAUACAGUUCAUAAUGAGUCGCUGAUCACAGAGAUAGAAGAAGCCUAUAAUGUAAAGAAAGCUUAAAGGCCUACAGUACGUAUGACAUCACCAUCCCCCGCAUGCUGUCCGUCCCAGACUUCUUCUCCUUUAUGACACUAGGAAGAGUUGAUUAACAAGGGGUUCUCAUGCAUACAGUGUUGGAGUUUUCUACAGUAAUUAAACAGCGUGCUUCAAAAUGGUAAAGAAAUCUGCCGAUAUGAUAGCUGUCCGCGCCCCUCAACAGAGAGGAGCACCAAUCAGAGGAGAGAGUUUACACGGGGGCAGGGCUAGAGGGGGGUUGGGGGGAGAGGUGAGUAAGGUAAGGUGGGAAAGUUUGAGGGAAGAGCUAGAAGAGUGUGGUGGAAGCUGGGGGGAUGUUGGGGUGUUGGGAGUGGGGGAGACAUCCACAACAAGGCCUCUCCUCUCUGUCUGCACCAUUACCAUCACAACAGCUUUGCUUUUUCCUCACCAAUGAGUGAAGGGCUGAUCUCUGGUGGAUCUCCAACUAAUCUGAAAGGGAUCUUGUCUUGCCUCGUUCUGUCUUGGCUUGUCAGUGUAGGAAUGACAGAUGGCCCCUGUAGCGUCCCCUACUGAGCAGGUCAGGUCUGACGGAACUCGUACACACUCUCACACACUCUCACACCUUCCUCCUCUUCAUCU